GUAAACGACCUCUGCUGGCAUGUGCGCUGCCUGUCGUGCAGUGUGUGCAGGACGUCUCUAGGAAGGCAUACCAGCUGUUACAUCAAAGACAAAGAUAUCUUCUGCAAACUCGAUUAUUUCAGGCGGUACGGCACCCGCUGCUCCCGCUGCGGGAGACACAUCCAUUCCACUGACUGGGUCCGAAGGGCUAAGGGAAACGUAUACCACUUGGCGUGCUUUGCCUGCUUCUCCUGCAAAAGGCAGCUCUCUACUGGAGAGGAGUUUGCUUUGGUUGAAGAGAAAGUCCUUUGUAGAGUACAUUAUGACUGCAUGUUGGACAAUCUGAAAAGAGAAGUUGAAAACGGUAAUGGGAUUAGCGUGGAAGGAGCACUACUGACAGAACAAGACGUUAAUCAUCCAAAACCAGCAAAAAGAGCUCGGACCAGCUUCACAGCAGAUCAACUCCAGGUUAUGCAAGCACAGUUUGCUCAGGACAACAACCCCGAUGCACAAACGCUCCAGAAACUGGCAGAAAGAACAGGCUUGAGCAGGCGUGUUAUACAG